AUGAAUAAUACAUCCUAUAUCAAGCCAGUAGGUACAAGAUCGGGAUAUCCUUACCUAUCAAGCCUUCAAGGAUGGCAGGGAUCAGAUUAUAAUAUUCAAAAAUCACUAGCACAUCAACCUGGUGAUGGCCAUAGACUUGUUGCAACACGUGCCUCCGUUAAAGAUUCAUAUUCAAAGACUACAAGAACUUUAGCAUCCUUGAAUCCCCAACAGACAAACAAUAGGACAGGGAAAGGGAACGCCAAUAGUAAGCAAAACAAUGAGAGCAAAAGCUCCGUUCCAUGUUUCAAGAAUGAUUAUUCAAAUCAUUACAUCCAUUCUGGUGUCCUUCCAGUCAAAUAUGUAAGAAACGCAAUUCAACCUGUGGAAGGAUAUCCAAAGCUACAAAAGCUUAUUAAACUUAAAGAGCAACAGGUGAUGAAAUAUGCUACUAGAGCUUAUGGCUCAAGAGUCAAGCCUGAAAAAAUGGUUGAUACGUUGAACAAGUGGAUAUACGAGGACAACUUACAGUUUGAUGUUAUCAUGAUUGGUGCAUUAUCUGAAAACCAGUUAUUAUACCCCUUGAUAUCGCAACUUCCAAUUGAUAAACUAUGUGCUAAACCGGGAUUUUUGUUCAUCUGGGCAUCCACCCAGAAAAUAUCCGAGCUUUCUAAACUUCUUUCAAACACGGGCACAUGGACAAAAAAAUUUAGGAGAUCAGAAGAGCUUGUGUUCGUUCCUGUGGACAAGAAUUCGCCAUUCUAUCCCACCGAUUCACUUAUCCCUGAAGAACAAUUGCUAGAACAAAUGCAAUGGCAUUGUUGGAUGUGUAUUACUGGAACCGUACGGAGAUCAUCAGACAAGAACCUUAUUCACUGCAACAUUAACACUGAUCUUUCCAUUGAAAAUGCUUCCACGAAGAACUCGGCCGUUCCAGCACAGAUAUACCAAGUUGCCGAGAAUUUUUCGACUUCCACCAAACGGCUGCAUAUCAUCCCAUCAAAGACAGGGCUUGAUCAUCCUGUGAAACUGAGGCCAGGCUGGGUUAUCCUGAGCCCCGAUGUCAUGCUCGAUAACUUUGAUGCAUUGAAAUACAAAAAGGAGAUUGCAAGUCUGGGUUCCAAUAUUCCUCUUGAUGACGAAAUUGAACAAUUAAGACCCAAGACUCCAGUUUAA